AAGAUCCACAACCACCACACAAGUAGUAGUAUCCAGUCCUAUAAGAAAAUGGGGAAACUUUCAGUAGUCGCCAUAGCUGUUCUUGUCUUAGCUUGUUCUCUUCCUGUCAUCAUUGCCUCCAAUCCAUUCAACAUUUACAAAUUUUCCCAUAAGCUCCCCAAAAACCACGGCAUAUUUGACUAUUACAAACUAUCCCUGGAAUGGCCAAAAUCGGUGUGCAACACCGGUGGUAGUGAGGAAUGUGAAACACCCAUUAAAGACUACUUCACCAUCCACACUCUCCAGCCUUACUAUCGCCCUGACAAUUAUGUUCCUCCCUACAAUGAAAGUCGCUGCAAUUCCGUCCCUCCAAGUCCACCAGAAAGAAUAACAGCUGACUACUUAAGCAAGUAUGGAGUUCUAGAUGACAUGGUCAAGUAUUGGCCAAAUCAUUAUGGUUACUCCAACAUUGACAAGAAUUUGGAGUUUUGGCGUCUUCAAUGGAGAGGAGCUGGAAUGUGUUCACCAUAUCCUGUGUAUCCCGACUUUUACUUUAACGUUGCCUUAACUUACGUUAAAGCAAUAGAUCUUCUAGAAAUCCUCAAGGACUCAGGUAUUGAACCCAACGGUAAGAAAUACGAAGCAUUCUUAUUUGCAAGGGCCAUUGAAGAAGCGCUGGGAAUGAAGGUUCAAAUCCGCUGCAACAAGGACGCCAACAACGUAACACAAUUCUAUGAGGCGUUCAUAUGCAUUGACAGAGUUAACUUUCCGGAGUCAUGCUCAAAGACUAAAUACUAUGGUUGUUCCGAGGCUGAGAAGAUUCAGUUCCCUUCCCCGUAGGGUUGGUUUGAGGAUAAAAGAGCAAUAAUGUCCUUAGUUGCUCUUUGUGCGUUACCUGUGAAAUAAGCGUCCAUGUGGGGUUGUGGCUAUAACUCUUUAUAUGAGUUACUUUGAUGCCAUAAUUCAUCAUCUAAAUAAAAUGUGUGUACUAUUUCCUACAACAAA